AUGUUGGCAGAGGGAGUGCGUAGCCUGAUCCACCAGUCACCAAUACGAGACGACUCCGAGUCUGAGGCUUCCGACGACCCUAGGGCUAGGAAGCGUGCACGAGAAUCCAAAAAGACUCGCACCGCGGCUGCGCCCGCGAAGAAACCAAAGCCAAAGGCCAAGGUGCCGCAGACCCACCGCGAGCUGUCUUCCGCCUCGACGGCCUCAUACCACCCCACACAGAAGGAGUGGGAGAGUGAAGGGGAAAACGAGUUGGACAACGAGGACGAUAUAUACGAGUUGGAAUCGAGCUCGGACGACUCUCCAAAAGCAUCGCCCUUGCCGACGUCACGGAAGAUCCUGGCCCGACACCGACAGGUUUGCGAGAGGUGCCACAAUGGGCCGGCGGACGAGUUGCUGGAGAAAGCUCUUAAGAAGAAGAAGAAGGGCAUGGCGCCUCGACGACGCAAGGACGACGACGACGACUGGGAUAUGUCCGAGGAGGAGCGGGCUCGGAUCAUGAUGGGUUGGCUGGAGUGCGAACGGUGUACAGUGUCGUGGCACUGGGGAUGCUUGAAGCCAAACCAGCGAAAGGAUAUCCUUCACGCCUUUAGGACCAAGAACCCGGACGCCCCAAGACGCAGAAACAUUGAAAUCCACGAGUCCGCCACCUUCCUCUGCGAGAGCUGCGAAACAACACCUGAAUGCUUUGUAUGUCACCACUCCAGGUUGCCCGAGGAGAAGGCUCAGAAGCCGCACCCCUUGGCGAAUGGAACAACAAGCACCAUGGCCAAUGGCGGCGGUACCGACGAGCCGAUAGUCAUCGACAGCGACGAUGAUGCCGGUGGCGGCAACUCGGCCCCACCGCCCCCCUCAACUCCUGACGAGCCUCCAAAACCAGUGAACGCCGGUCCGGUCGAGGAUCCCUUCAGGCCUGAUGGGUUGAGGCAUUCAAAGCCUGCUCCCCUCAUCUUCAGGUGUUUCAGGUGUAAAUUGGGCGUGCACUAUGAACAUUUGAAGAGCCCAUUCCCAGACGGAGACAAGUUUGCGCUGCCUUCCCUGGCACAUGUCUACCAAACAACCAGCGCCCAGGGCAGUGCUUGGUACUGCCAUCAGUGCCGAGAGUGGAACUACAAGGUCGAAAGCAUUAUCGCUUGGCGCCCGUGGCCUGCAAAUGCCACUGAGCCUGAACUCGAAGAAGACGAGGUUCCCCUGUACCGCGAUCCGCUUCCUCGCGAGUAUCUGGUGAAGUUCGAGGGGCGUUCAUUCCGCCAUGUCGUGUGGGCGCCACAUCCUUGGGUGUACAAGGUUUCGCCUCCAAAGCUCAAGAACUUCGUGGAGAAGGGUCCCGCUCUCAACCUCAUCACCGAUGAGACCCUGGCAACAUUCGGUGAUACGAUGGAGGCGCCAACGAUCGCCAACGUCCUCGAGGCCAGUGAGCGGGACAAGAAGCACCACGGGGUCCCACCAGACCCAGAGGCGGCUGAAAGCCUGCCCAUUGCAUGGAGCACUGUCGACCGUGUCAUUGAUGCGAUGCUACUUCCACCAAAGAAGCGAAAGGGCAAGGGAAAGGCCAAAUCCAACGGCAGGGUUAUCGAGUCGGACUCGGAAAGCGAGGAGUCUGACUGGGAGCCAGUCAAUGGUAAGGAACCACCAAUCGAAAAGGCCGUGGAGAUUGAGCGUUGGGAAAGCAUGGCUGGCCGCAAGCUGUCAGAGGACGAUGUUGAUGAGGUUGCAACACUUGUGACCUGGUUCUUGGCCAAAUGGGACGACCUCCAGUAUGAUCAAUCCUGCUGGGACACCCCGCCCCCGGUCGACUCAGAGCUGUACCCGGCAUUCAAGCACGCCUUGAAGCGAUACCUUGCUGCGCGCCGCGUCAAGAUCCCAGUUCUCAAUGAUAAACAAAUCAAAGCUCGCGAGCGACUUGCCCGCACUUCACGUGCCCCUCCCAACGAGCAGCCGGAGUGUGUUGUUGGAGGAACCCUCAUGCCCUUCCAAAUUGAAGGAUUUCAGUGGCUCACAUACAAGCACUUGAAACGCGAAAGCUGCAUUCUUGCAGACGACAUGGGCUUGGGCAAGACCAUCCAAGUUGCUUCCUUCCUUGGCCACCUCGGUUCUGAGGACUUUGGAAUCUACCCAGCACUGGUCAUUGUGCCAAACUCAACAAUUACCAACUGGGUUCGCGAGUUUGAGAAAUGGGUGCCACAUCUGCGCGUUGUGCCGUACUAUGGUGUCGCUUCCUCGCGAAAGGUCGUCUCAAAGUUCGAGCUGUAUCACAAGGGCGCACAAAACAAGGCCGCUGGACUCAAGGCCCAUGUCGUCCUCACGACAUACGACAUGAUCACCAGCAGCGAGUUCGCAGUCUUUAGUCGUAUGCCACGCUGGGAGGUGGUCAUCGUGGAUGAGGGCCAGCGCUUGAAAUCGAAUUCCAGUUUGAUUUUCAACCGCCUCAAGACGCUCAAUUCUGUCCACCGCAUCCUCCUGACGGGCACACCGUUGAACAACAACCUGCGCGAGAUCUUCAACCUUCUCAACUUCCUCGACCCAGAGAGCUUCAGAUACCUCGAAGAGCUUGAGGAGCGCUUUGAGAACCUGACAGAGUCUCUGAUUCUUGAACUUCACGAGAUGAUCAAGCCAUACAUUCUGCGGCGUGUCAAGGCCGACGUCCUCAAGCUUCCACCCAAGGUCGAGAUCAUCGUCCCCAUCUCCCUUACCCCGGCGCAGAAGGUGCUCAACAAACGUAUCCUCCACCGCCACAAGGAGGCCAUCAACAACAUCAUGAAGCAAAGGAAGAAGAAGAAAGCGCAGGCUGCGAAGGCCAAGGGCAAGGGUAAGGAGGUGGCCAAUGGCGAUGCGCUGCCGAAUGGCACGGCGGCUGUCAAUGGGACCAAGGAGGGAGAUGACGGAGAGGGCGGCAAGGACGGAGAAGGGAGCAAAGACGGAGGCGCCGCCCCUAAUGGGGACAAUGAGGGCGGGGAGGCAGGCCCAUCACAGACUGCACCAGAGAGGCGGACGAGGGACUCAGUGCAGCCCUCCGAGGUCAUCGAGGUCGACUAG